UCGGUUAUAUUCGUUGGAAGUUCAGUACCGUCUCUUCUUGGCGCCUGUUUUUACUUACCAUUUUACCCCUCGCGUUUUGUGGAUGUAACUACGUGGUUCGACGCCGUUUUAGACUGCCACUAUAAAAACGCCGCUGUUUUCAGCAAGAUAAUUUGUAUCCCGCCUCUUCUCUUGGUGACGAAGACGACGACGAACGAUGGCUGAUCCGUUGAAACUAAUCUGCGACGAACUAGGAGUCUGCAAAGAAGAAGCGCUAUUCUACCUUGAAGGAUUCCGGUGGGAUCUGAACGCAGCGAUGGAGGCUUGCCGCACCAAAACCUUGCCGUCGCCGGCUCAACCUCCGUCUGAGAACCAGAGAACCGCGGCGGAGGAACAAAGGAGAAACGAGAAGAUCGCGAGAUUCAUAGAACUUUCUCAUGGAUCGUCGUCUGUGGCGGACGCAACAAAGUACCUCAGCGACAACAAUUGGAGCCUAGAGCACGCCGCCCGCGCUUUCUGUGAACACCGCUUUGAUAAACCUGAGAAGAAGUCACAGCCGGUGCCGUUAUCUCACGACGGUGAUACUGAGCCGUGGUAUCUGCACGGGUUCUCAGGGAAUGAAGGAUCGGCCGAUACGAUGGAUGACGUCUGGAGUAAAGUGCCGCCGUUUCGUCAUACCUCGACGAAUGUCAGAAUCGGGAGCCCUCCUCCUUCUGCUAGUACGCCGCCGCUUGAACUGAAACCGGAAAGUAUAAAACAAUUCCGAGAUCUUCUUCCUGAAGCUCCUUCACAAGCCGUAAUCGAUUGUCUCAACCACUGCAAGGGGAAUGUAAAAAACGCCAUCAGCUAUUUCAAUGAUGGUUACAGCAAAUCUCGUUCCGGAAUUGCGACGGCUCAAGUGGUUAAAAAAUUUAGUGGUAUGGCUGUUGACCAAGAUUCAAGCACAGAGUCACCUCUAGUGGAGGAAAGUUCAAGUCCGACACAAACUAGGGAGCUGCUGAAUUCGCUGAAGCAAGAUGAACUCAUUGAUAUAUUCGUCGAUGCGGCUGAUGGAGUAGUUACUCGAGACAUUGCAACCAUUUACCUUAAAGCCAGCAAUUGGAAUAUAGAACAAGCCUUCUCCUGUCUCGUGGAAGAGGAUAAAACAACGCCGGUUCAGGAGGAUUCACAAGAAGUUGAAACCGGGAGCUCUUCUAGAGAUCUGCCUCUUCCAUCGAUGGGAUCAUUACCUUCACAGUCACAGUUUGAGUCUUCAUAUGUUUCAAGUGGCCCCACGGAGACACAAAAGUCACUUGAAGAAGCUGGUGAAGGAGACGUCACAGUGGCUGUACCUGGCAUGGCGUCAUCUCAAGUGAAUGAUAAGGCUGUAGAGGAAGGUUCAAGCGCGGAGACAGUCCCUGAUCCUUUUGCUAACCGAGACAGGACAACUGUGGAGACUCAAGCUGCGCCAAGUACUAUUAUGAUAACUAUCAGAUUGGCAGAUGGGAUUGGGACAACGCUGGAGCUUCCUUUUAGAUCAAACCAAACCAUAAGUGACAUCCGCAAUGCUAUUGACCAGCGAUAUCCAGAUAACGACAGGGGCUACAAUUUGCAAUCGAUGGAUGGAGUAGACUACAUGGAUUGGAAUGUAACUGUAUACAGAGUUACUAGGCAUGAUUCUAGAACUCUCAUGCAGAUCUACCCCUAGCCUUUGUUUUGGUAACAGUUUUGAGAGAGAGUGAGAUAGAAAGAGGAUUCAUAUAGACAUUGAAAAGGAUUCUCGCUUUGUAUAGGAAAAAAAAAUAUAACAGAGAAGCUUCAUACUUGUUUUGAGAUGGGAACUGAUAAGAGGAGAGUUCUUAUUAUAGUUUUGAUUCUGUAUAGUUUGAAACAAAAUGAAAACACAGCAGCUUCUUACUUUUGCUUUUCCUCAUUCUUGUUUGCAACACGUGAAUAUUCGUUAUCCUGCUGGAAAUUACAACCUUAAACUAAAACCAUAAACAAGAUUACCUUUUUUUUUCUUUUUGGUAAAAAAAAAACAAAAUUACCUUCAUAAAGCAUCCCAAUCCAACAAGUAGCAUUAUCAAUCACCACAACAACAUGGCAUGAGAGCCAGAGAGUGUGUGUUUUUAAUCUAUUUUGGCAAUUUUCCCAAUAAAAUGUGUAAUAUAUAUUAAGUAUUAAAUAUUAGUACAUAGUAGUACUAGAGCAACAAUAUCGGCCAGUUUCUUAAGGUUCAAAAAAUGAAGUAAUAAUAGUAAAAUCAAAUGAUUAAGUUUUAAUUUAAAUAAAAUAAUCAAGUUAUACAUGUGGAACAAAAUGUGUUUGAAACAUGACAUCUGAAACUAAAAGUUGAUAACGGGUUCUUAGACCACCUCCAUUGGUUAGAACCCUUAAUGGGUUCUUGAAAUUAAUUUAAUUAUUAAUUGUGUGUUUUAAAUAGUUUAGAACCUUUAAUAUUGUAAUUAGUUUUGAGAA